UGCCCGUGAGAGUGACAGGGAACCGACGAGUAGCACUGAUUUCUUUAGCUGUGAACACAACACAACAGCAUCAUCCUUUUUUCAUUGCCAGAGGAUCAUUCAAUGGAAGAGUUCUGUAUAUUUUGGGUGAUGGUACAGACUUGGGCUCAGAGGAAGGGACAAAGUUCAGAUCUUGAGAUGAAAAGCCAGUUUUUGCAUUUUAGCCACUUCCCUCGUUCCACUGUUGACAUUCCCAGAGGAUUUGUUUCACACACUGAACAAUGUCCUUUUGCAUCGCCACAACAGGGACAGUCAGCCUAAAGGCCUCAAAGAUUAACAAGAACAAAUUUGAGCGUGGGAAGGUAGAUGAGUUUACAGUGGAGUCUGUGGACAUUGGAGACCUGAAAAAAAUCAAGAUAGGCCAUGACAAUAAAGGUAAUUCAACUGGCUGGUUUCUGGAAUGGGUGGAGAUUGAUGCCCCAUCACUGGGACAGUGCCUCAAGUUCCCUUGUGGACGUUGGCUGGAUAAAUCGGAGGAUGACGGAGCCAUUGAGAGAAUCAUCUUUCCUGCAAAACUGCAGACAAGAGAGUAUAUCCCAUUUGUUCCUUACGAGAUCACGGUGUACACCAGCGACAUCUUUGGGGCUGGCACGGACGCUGACGUCUUCAUUGUUCUCUACGGAUGCGAUGGGAUCUGCACUCGGCAGAAAUCCCUGUGCCUCAACAAGAGAGAGCAAAGGAUGUAUUUUGAAAGGAACUCGGUGAAUCAGUUCAUUGUGGAGCUGGAGGACGUUGGUGACAUGAUUGAAAAGAUCCGCAUAGGACACAAGGGUGGAGGGCUGAACUCGGGGUGGCAUUUGGACCGUGUGGCGAUUCGGAGGCUGCUGCCAAAUGGGAAGGGCUCAGAAACUGUCACAUUUCCAUGUGAAAGAUGGCUUGCAAAGUCUGAGGACGACGGCGAGACUGUCAGAGAACUGGUACCAUCCGAUAUUUUUACUGAAAAACUCAUGAAGGAUGGGACACUCAAGCAGAUAGAGGAAGAAGUUGAAGACCCAUUGGAAGUUCAUACGUACAAGAUCACCGUGUUCACUGGGGAUAUCUAUGGCGCUGGGACAGAUGCUAAUGUUUUCCUAAAUAUCUACGGAGAUCUGGGGGACAUGGGAGAGAGAAAACUCAGUAAAUCUGAAACAAACUUCAACAAGUUCGAAAGAGGACAGGAGGACACAUUUACUAUAGAAGCUGUGGACCUUGGCAUUGUAUACAAGAUCAAGAUUCGUCACGAUAACAGCAUGUUCAGCCCUGACUGGUUUCUGGAAAAAGUGGAGAUCCUGGACGAGACCACAGAGGAGUCAUUUGUUUUCUUGUGCGAGCGCUGGCUCUCCAAAAAGAAAGAGGACAAAAAGAUAGAGCGCACGCUUUACGAACAGAGCUAUGAGGGCGACCGGAACAGCCUGGAUGGCUCCUGUCUCAGCGUGUCCAGUCAGGACAGCAAUGCAAACCUGAAGGAGACCAAAAAAUCCAGACUGGUCAAGGCAGCAGAAGAAGGCUCAAUGAUCCCCUACCACAUCACCAUCACGACAGGCACAGAGUAUGACUCCAGCACCAACAGCCGGGUGUACAUCAUCAUCAUGGGUCCCCAGAAAGUGCAGACAGAGAGGCUAUGGCUGGAUCUCCCAGAAGGAAAAGACGAGUUUGCGGAUGGCUCUGUGGAGAAAUUCUCAGUUUGGGGCCUGGAUGUCGGGGAGAUCAAAAAAGUGGAGGUGGGGCACGAUGGUGCCACCCCCGAGAGCUGCUGGCUGAUGGAAGAGCUCAACAUCGUGGUGCCCACCAAAGGCGUCAUGUACAACUUUGUGGCCAAGUGCUGGCUGGCCAGAGACAAAGGUGAUGGGCUCACCUCACGAAUCCUCAACAUCCUGGAUGCAGAAUGCGUCAACAUUGGUGUCAAGGUCCUCUACGAAGUCACAGUUGUGACUGGAGACAUCGAAAGUGGAGGUACUGACACCAGCAUUUUCAUGACUGUCUUUGGAUCCAAUGGGAACACUGAGGAAAUGCAGCUGGAAAAAAACGGAGACAGGUUUGAGCGAGGCCAAGAGGACAGUUUCAUCAUGGAGAUUGCAGAUAUUGCACCCCUCAGGAAGAUGAGGAUCCGGACGGAUGGGAAGGGGACUCGCCCGCACUGGUUCCUGGAAAGGAUCGUCCUGAAGAACCUGGCUAACCAAGAAGUGGCCACAUUUACAUAUGGGGAAUGGCUGUCAAAGCUGAAAAAUGCCAGUGGAAGCCUGGUGUGUGAGAUGCCAGCUGUCAUAGAUGAGGAGCAGAUGAUGGAGGACACAACAUACACUCUUCAGGUUAAAACCAGUGACAUUGGAGGAGCAGGCACCGAUGCCAACGUGUCCUUGAUCCUGUUUGGGGAGUAUGGGGACAGCGGGACCCUGGCUCUGAAGGAGUCCAACAAGUCUAACAAGUUUGAGAGGAACCAGAUGGACGAAUUCAGCUUCUCAGACAUGCUGAGCCUGGGAGACCUCUGCAAAGUGCGGGUCUGGCACGACAACAAAGGAAUUGCACCGGGUUGGCACUUGGAAUAUAUUGAUGUGAUGGACUCUGCCAUGGACAAGACAUUUCGCUUCCAGUGUGAUCGCUGGCUGGCUAAAGGUGAAGAUGAUGGGCAGCUCAUAAGAGAACUGGCUUGUGCCAACAAUGACAUUCUGGAACUGAAGGAACGGACUGCCUAUGAGAUUGUCACAGUAACAAGCGACAGAGAGGACGCAGACACGAAGGAAAACAUCUGGAUCAUCUUAGAAGGAAAGAUGGGCCGCUCGAAGGAAUUCCUCAUGGAAAACUCCUCCAAGAAAAGGAGAUUCGAAAGGGGAGCAACAGACACAUUUCAGUUUUCUUCAAAGAAUGUUGGGGAUAUUGCAGCCAUCUGUGUUGGUCACUGCCCAAAAGAUGGGAAGAAGUCAUCUGCAAAAGCUGAUGUCUUCUGGCAUGUCCAGGAGAUUAUUGUGACGGAGAUGGAGCUUUGCAACAAAUACUUUUUCAGGUGCAACUCCAAAAUCCCUCUGCGAUACAAGAGACGGGACUACAAAGUCUUCGAGUGUGCCAAGGUCACCGAGAGCUUUGCCAGCAAAGCCCGGAGCUUGGUGCCAGUCAAGUAUGAGACCAUCGUGGUCACAGGCUUUGAGAAGGGCGCGGGGACCGACGCCAACGUGUUCAUCACCAUCUACGGGCUGAACGGGGACUCGGGCAAGCGGGCACUGAAGCAGAAAUUCAGGAACCUCUUCGAAAGAGGCAAAACCAACAGGUUUUACCUGGAAACGCUGGACAUGGGGGAGCUAAAAAAGGUCCGGAUUGAGCACGACAACAGUGGUCUGGCACCAGGCUGGCUGGUGGAGAGGGUGGAGAUCACCAACUCGGCCACUGGCGUGACCACCAUAUUCCCCUGCGGGAAGUGGCUGGAUGAAAACCGGGGCGAUGGGCUAAUCUGGAGGGAGCUGUUUCCCAGGUACUGAGGAGGGCAGGGCCGCAGGAAGUGUUUGGUCCUCCCUUCUGUAUGUGAAUUUUUUUUUCUCACUGUACUGUUUUAUAUCGCGUUUUACUUUUUAAAACACUGGCUUUUGUACUGAGAGAUUUUUAGCAGCAAGAUGUGCUUCCUGGGUUAACAUUUUGUAAAAUUAAUACUGUUUUUCUUUUUUUAAAUGCA